CCCCCGCGGCGGCGGUGGUUCCGCCCGAGAACGUUUCAUUCAUAAAAAGAAAAGACUCCGCGAGGCGCGAGUGAGUCAGGACCGAAGCCGCCGACGCGGACCCCGCAGAGCACCAGCCCAGGGCAUGUUCCGAGACUUCGGGGAGCCGGGACCCAGCUCCGGGGCCGGCAGCGCGUACGGCGGCCCCGCGCAGCCCCCUCCCGCGGCGCAGGCGGCGGCCGCGCAGAAGUUCCACCUUGUUCCAAGCAUCAACGCUGUGAGUGGCAGUCAGGAGCUGCAGUGGAUGGUACAGCCUCACUUCCUGGGGCCCGGCAGCUACCCCAGGACUCUGGCCUACCCCCAGUACAGCCCCCCACAACCCCGGCCGGGAGUCAUCCGGACCCUGGGGCCGCCUCCAGGAGUACGGCGCCGGCCCUCUGAACAGAUCAGCCCAGAGGAAGAAGAGCGUCGCCGAGUAAGGCGCGAGCGGAACAAGCUGGCAGCGGCCAAGUGCAGGAACCGGAGGAAGGAACUGACCGACUUCCUGCAGGCGGAGACAGACAAACUGGAAGACGAGAAGUCCGGGCUGCAGCGAGAGAUCGAGGAGCUGCAGAAGCAGAAGGAACGCCUGGAGCUCGUGCUGGAAGCCCACCGACCCAUCUGCAAAAUCCCAGAAGGAGCCAAGGAGAGGGACACAGGCAGCACGAGCGGCACCAGAAGCCCACCAGCCCCCUGCCGCCCUGUCCCUUGUAUCUCCCUUUCCCCGGGGCCCGUGCUGGAACCGGAGGCGUUGCACACCCCCACCCUCAUGACCACACCCUCCCUGACUCCUUUCACCCCCAGUCUGGUCUUCACCUACCCCAGCACUCCUGAGCCCUGCGCCUCAGCUCAUCGUAAGAGUAGCAGCAGCAGCGGGGACCCCUCCUCUGACCCCCUGGGGUCCCCCACCCUCCUUGCUUUGUGAGGCCCCCAAGUCCUACACCCCGCAGGCGCCAUCCUCGCCGAAUCUCCUCCCUUCCCCCAUGGGUCCAGCUGGCCUGGACCGUAUCCCACACCCAACCCAUCGUGUUCUUCUCCAUCCCUCCAGAGGAGGCUAUCUUUGGCUUUAUGGUAGAACCAGGCUGGAGCCGCCAAAGCGGCCCACUGUUUCUCUAGAGCCGGUCUCUAGCACAGUUUGCACUAAAUCCGAGACAAAAUGUUUCCCACUUGUGCCGGAGGCAUCCUGGCAGUCCAGACACUCUGUAGACCCCCAGAGGCCCUCUGGAGCCCUAACCCCUGCCAGACCACCCCCACACCCUCCACCACCCUCUUCCUGUGAUCCAUCCAACUGUACCCUGACAGAAGGUGCCACUCUACCAGCCUAGAACACUAAAUCACCCAGCCCCACCGCCAGCAGCAGCAGGUGAUUGGACCAGGGGAUUCUGCCUGCCCCUCCGGAAUGCCACAGCUUGGGGGUGCCAGAGGCUUCCGUGACAAGCUGACUUGCAGACCCCAGCUUUGAGAAGCCUUUAGCUCCAGGGAAUCCAAGCCUUCACAGCAAGGACAGCUGCUAUUUAUUUUCCUAAAGAGAGUAUUUUUAUACAAACCGGCCAAAAUGGAAUAAAAAAGGCUUGAAGCUCUGACCUGGGUGUCUCAUUG